AUGGCUGCCACAAAAUACUUCUACAAGGGCGAGGAAACCGAUCUAGUUAUCUUCGUUGAGUCUCAAGAGCUCGCUGACCAAUACCUGAAGGACCCUACCAUCGGCAAGCUUACAGAAGCGGUCGGUGUUUUCAAAAUCUUCACCAACCAGCAAGGAGAAGGUGCCGAGGGUGAGCUCGGUGAGGCAUCCAAGGCCCAGAUCGAAAACGAGUUCGGCAAGGGCAUCAAGAUUGAGGAGGCCAUUGCCCGCAUUCUGCAAGAGGGCUCUCCUAACGCCAGGGGCGAUGUCAACAAGGAUAAGUUCCAAUCCAGAAACGACUCCAAAUAA